AUGUAAAUGAGAUAUCCCUAUGAACCCGAAUCUCUUAUAAAAAAAUCUGAUUUAAAAAUGAAUUACCAUCAUUUUCACUCUCCAAGCUUACCAUUGUUAAUUCCUUAGCAGCUUAGCCCGAUAAAAGAAAAAGCACCAUUUUUAAGCAAAAUGGGAGAAUAAAUUCUUAAGUAUUGGGGAUUUUCUCCUGAUAUUGCUCCUACAACAAGAAAAGAAAUAUUUACAGAACAUAUAAAAUCAGAGAAAAAGUAUAAAGAUAAAUUUGAUGAUCUUUUAUAUAAUCUAAAUACUGAAAGGCCAAAAUAUCAGGAGAAUGAUUAUUUCAAAAAUGAUUUUAAUCUUAAAAAGUCUGUACAUUUCAACAGUGUAGUUACAGUAAAGGAUAUAGAAGGCCAAGUUUCGUAAAAAGAAAUAAAAUUAUUUUCAAGGAAUAAGAGAAGGCAAAGAACUAAACUCGAAAAUUAGACUAUCAUUAGUUGA